AUUAGUACCCUAUUGGGUGGAAUGGAGGGGAAUUGACUGGCUUUUUGAAUGGAGAGUGACCACUUCCAUGAUAGAAAGUUGGGAGAAACUGGCGAGAUUCUGCUACACUCUACAGGCUGGCACCACUAGUACUGGGGACGUAACUUGACCUAACGUUACAUGUAACGGAUCAGUCACGCGUGUUGUUAGCAGCGCAUUGCUUGCGUGUUCUUGCCUGUUCAGCGGGUGUUCACGGCAACUUCGCGCACGACUGUGUGCUUACAUGCUCGGGCUAUUUUUAGCAGUCCUACUUCACUUGUACUUCAUCAGUUCUUGAAGGGAAAAAAAGGUUGCAUCCUGUCAAUUGUCACCACUUUUCUCCUCAAACAUUUAGGCCCAGGCUACAGCCUUUUAACACAGGUAUUUUCUUGGAAAGAAUUCCAUACACGGACGCUAUUUGACACCCUGUGCACGUGGACAGUCCCUGUGAAACUCGUCUGAAAAAUUCUGUGUUUAUGUCUGAGCGUAAGAGAACUCAUUUUUUCACUGCUAAAUUUGACCUUUUUCUAGAGCAAUUUUUUGCUAUUAUAGGUCACUGCAGUGCACGGAAAAAAAUAGUGGUGUUUGUGUAUGGAAUUCUUUCCAUUAAUGAAGGAAAGUAUAUGUAUGUACAAGGGACCCAUAUUCACAAGCUUAGCUUCUUUUGGGCCCCCCUAGUCUUCACUCUCUUGUCGAACCAUUUUUGUAGAUAUUAUGUACAUGUAUUUAUUUGUAAACACUGUGGAAAAUAAAUUAAUGAAUGAAUGAAAAGUUUUUGCUAAAAUUUGGAAAUGACGCGACUCUGGAAUUGAAAAAUCCUGCAAAUUUUCUUUGAAGUGUCUUUGAAAUGCACCUAACUCUCGGUAAACUUGGUACACAGCCAACGAAGUCAAGUUGUUGCAGUCUUCCCAGUUAAAAAAACAUGCAUGAACAUGACAAGCGGUAGUUUCAGCUGACGAAGCGGACAUUAGAGCACCCAUGUAGUUUCUUGCCCAAGUAGCAGCUGGCAAUAACUUUGAGAGAGGGGCCGACGGUGUUAUUGGUGUAGGGUGCAGUAGUCAGUCAUGACUGUACGGCGUACACUGAGACGCAUAGACAGACGAGAAUUGUGCAUCGUUAUAGCAAGUUUGUCUCUCGGAUUUCUGUUUGCAACAUGGCUCCGUGCUCCCCUGGACUCCAGGCAAAUGUUUGCCAUUGAUAAGAGAUGCAAUGCAGCUGUAAACCCAAGGGCGGCUUCACAGGACACAACUGUGCCGCCGUCACCACCAAAGAAUUUUAUUUAUAUCGGAGUCUUGACGGCCCAGAAAUAUCUCAGCACCCGGGCCGUUGCCGUCAACCGGACUUGGGCUCGGACAAUCCCGGGCAAAGUAGAUUUUUAUUCCAGUGCGACCUCAGUGGUUGACCCGAGGAUGAACCUGCCUGUUGUCAGGCUGCAGGGGGUAGACGACUCCUACCCACCGCAGAAGAAGUCCUUCUUGAUGAUCAAGUACAUGCAUGACAAUUUCAUUGACAAGUACGAAUGGUUCAUGCGAGCCGAUGACGACGUGUACGUGCGUGGCGACAAGCUGGAGCCAUUCUUGCGCUCCAUCAACAGUACCCAGCGGCUGUUCAUCGGCCAGGCCGGGCUGGGCAAGCAGGAGGAGCUGGGCCUGCUCAACCUGGACACUGGCGACAACUUCUGCAUGGGUGGGCCGGGCAUGAUCUUCAGCCGGGAGACGCUGCGGAAGGUGGUGCCCCACAUCAGCCACUGUCUGAAGAACAUGUGGAGCACGCAUGAGGAUGUGGAAGUAGGGCGGUGCAUCAAGAAGUUUGCCGAGAUUGACUGCACGUGGGCAUAUGAGAUGCAGGCAUUGUUUUACAACAACUACAGCAAGUCGGACACGGCGUUCACCGGCAGCCUGGACACGUCCGACGUCCACAAAGCCAUCACGCUGCACCCCAUCAAGAGAACGCCCUACAUGUACCGCCUGCACAACUACCUGCAGUCCACGGCCAUCAUGGACCUGCGGAUGAAGACUAUGCACCUGUACCGCAGCAUCCUCCGGAUGCGACAGCUGCUGAACGAGGAGGAGGACCGCCAGGGCCUGAGCGGGGACCCCCAUCAGCUUCAGAGCCUGGGACUGCCACCUGGCCUGCUCAAGUACGCCCCUGAUGGCCCAGAGGACAUCCUGCCCUGGAACUUCUUUGGGAAGUACUGGUAUUCCACCAGCGCUAGCGCGCCUCGGAAGGGCAUGCCACCGUACCACACCAAGGCCCUGGAUCACGUAGCAGGUCAGGUCAUGGCCCUCAUCAACGCCAACUCCAGGAAGGUGGGCCGGACCAUCGACUUCAAGGAGAUCCUGUAUGGCUACACGCGGGUUGUGCCUCUCUACGGCAUUGAUUACGUGCUGGAUUUGCUGCUCAUGUACCACAAGCACAGCAAAAGUAAACGAUUUCCGGUAAGGCGGCAUGCCUACUUGCAACAGUCCUUUGGAAAGCUUGAGAUCAGGGUGGAUGACGCUGAGCUACGGCCGUCGCACCCCACUAAGAAAGCUCAAGAGGACAGCAGUGUGGAAAAAAUCAAACAUGGCAUCUCGCAAACGUUAUUUGGCAUACAUCAAAAGGGAGAUGCCCCAUCUCACCAACAUCCUCAUCAUAUUAGCAAACUAAAAGAAACAAUACAUUUUAUCCUUCCGCUAGCCGGAAGACUAGAAACCUUGCAGCGUUUUAUGGAAAACUUUGAGCGGAUGUGCUUAAUACCAGGUGAGAAUGUUGAGAUGAUUAUAGUGCUCUUCAAGCUUCCAGAGGAUGACCCUUCUGAGGAAAUUGAAAACCUGGUCGCUAAGUAUUCUGGCAAGUACCUGCGGGCCAAGCUGAAGGUUCUACAUGCGAGUGGGGAGUUCUCCCGGGGCCUCGCGCUAGACCUGGGUGCCUCCCAGCUCCCGCCCGACGCCCUGAUGUUUUUCGUGGACGUGGACAUGCACAUCUCUCCGGGCUUUCUGACCCGCUGCAGACUGAACACGCAGCGAGGCAGGCAAGUGUACUAUCCGGUGGUCUUCGGGCAGUACAGCCCCGAGGUCACCUACGGGCCCGGGACAAAGCCGGAAUCCAAGCUGGCCAUCAGCAAGGAAACGGGAUUCUUCCGCCACUACGGCUACGGGCUUGCGUGCCUCUACAACAGCGAUCUCAGCGAGGCAGGGGGCUUGGACUCUUCCAUUAUUGGCUGGGGACUGGAGGACGUGGACCUCUACCAAAAAUUUGCCAGCAGCAACGUGACAAUAUUGCGAGCCCCGGACCCCUCACUCAUUCACAUCUACCACCCAGUCAUUUGCAAUCCAAAACUAGAAACCAAGCAGUAUCAAAUGUGUAUGGGCUCAAAGUUCAAUCAGUAUGGUAGCAGUCUGCAUCUGGUGAAGCUGUUGGAGAAAGACAAGUUGAGCUCUAGUGAAGAAAAGGAAAAAGAAACGAGAUAACGUUGGCUUACCUUUUGUAGAUAAAGUAUUUAUAAUGUAGUCAUGUUCAGGGUACAUUUUGUAGCUGACGCCCUGUGUUAGUGGGGCGAUUUUGACAGGCAUCCUUUUUAUCUACCUUGUAAAGUUUUAUACAAAGCUAAUACGCUCAAAGGAAGUUUAGCCCCACUUUUGCACACAGCACAGUGGCCAUCACGUUGCACAAGGGUGAAAAGUGCCAUUCACCACUGUCUACAGUUAGAAAUAAUCUGGCCACUUUUCGGAAUUAGCAAAACCCUUUCCUGACAAAACCUGACAUCAUGGCCAUGAACCUGAACCAAAUUGCAAAAAACCUUCAACCAGGGUUCAACAGCUGCAACAGUUUCUGUUCAUGAUGGCCGGCUAGCACAUGCAUGUACCUCAGAGUGGUCAUACAAGGGUGAGUGCUCUGCAUGUUACAGUAUUUCACUGUCAGGAAGAAGGUGGGAGUAUUUUUUCACUUGUCUUUGGGUUUAUGUCACAGGAAUACUGUAUUUGGCUCUAAGGAUGGGAUGUUUACACAUUUAAACGAAGAAAGUUCCAAACCUGUCCACAGACUUUCCCAAACGUUUAAAUGGAACGGCGCCGUUUUAGAGGUUUGACGUUUUUGGCACAAUGUGGCGUUCAUUUUUAUUGUAAACAAUGCAAGUAAAAAUGUCAUCAGAUUUUCCGAACACUUUACUGCUCGGUUAUGUCAAAGGAAUACCACGAAUUCAUCGCUGGAACUUUGUGUCAACUAUUUAAAUUGUAUACAAUUUGUUGUUUAAAAAAUUUCCAGUGACGGCGUGGUAAGGGUUAAACGUUUAAAUGGUAUGGGAAAGUUUCCUAAAUGCUUUUCAAAUGAAACGUGAAUUCCCAGCCUUAAUUGGCAUGAUGUCUGUAUUGUCUCCAAACAAAAUUGUUCUAGAUCCAACCGUGUAUACUUGCACAAUGAGAAAACCAGACAAUCAGAGGUGUUACCAGCGCUCUUGCAAUCAGGACGUUUGUGACCGUGUCAGAGGAUUUGUAGAAGAACUACAUAUGCACCAAUCACAGUUUCCUGUGGCAUGUGAACAUGCCCUUGGAAAAAGUAUAAACAUCUCCCCCAGAACUAUAAGUACGUAAUACACUGAGUGCACCUGGUAAGUCACGUGACCUGUAGUGGUUUCAAAUAUCAACAAACAUGGCAUCCUUCCGCAGCAAAGUGUGCCGUAAGUGUUGUUUACCAAAAAUAAGGCUGAUUUUUGCUCUAGUGCUCAGCUCAUCAGUAAUGUGAGUGCUUUACCAACCGAAGGCAUUCUUUCUGGUAAGCGACACUUAUGACACACUUAGCUGUGGGAGGACGCUGUGCUUGCUGAAGUUUGAGACCCACUAUGGGUCAUGUGACUAUGGCUGACUAAGUGGGCGCAAUCAGUCUAUACCAUGUUCAUUGGUUGGACUUGAAUUUUGAACCCCAGUAAAUAAAUAUGCCAUAAUGGCACAUAGAAACACGUACUAUCCUCUGUCCAUUCAUAUGUACAAAAUGUAAUUCUCGUCUUCGUUUUGUUACCUGUGGGACAGAAACAUGAUGGGCUGAUUGAAAAAAAAAAGAAAUUGUGUGUGCACUUGAUUAAAUGUAAAUUAAAGCCUUAAUAUUGUGUUUGUUAUUUUUUUAAAAUUGUUAUUUGUUAUUUUUCACCGAAAGUGUGGUUGUGAUAAUUACUGUGAAACUUUUUGUUUCUUUUGAGGUCAAAUUCCUGCUUGUGUGUAAUCGAGUCGUGUCGUCCUUACUGUGCAACACGGACUUACAACACACGCAUGUAUCUGGUGCUAAAUUGACAGACUUGGCGAUAUUGUAAAUUUGAAGAGGGAACUGUGAAUGUAUUUUAAGCAUUUAGCUAGGAUUGAUUGUGGGCAUACGCUGAGUCUAUGACAUUCCACAUUGAGUUACAUCCAUGAUCAUUUCGAAUGUGCACACAGAUCAUUUUAAAUGAAUUUUAUAUAUAUGAACUUCUAACUAAUUGUGCAUGUGUAUAAAUGAUUGUACAAACCUUGCCAUAAAUUUCUCAACUUACCUUUUAAUUAAUGUGAUGACAAUCAUGUCAUGUCAUAUUAGUAUUUAUUUAUUUACACUGGUUUAUGUAAUAAGAGAUGAUAGAUUGUUUGGACAAAAAUUUCAGAAAUGUGCCCCAAUUAUUUUUUUUUUCAGUGGGGGGGGCAAUUUGUUAUUUGAUGUGACAUGUGAACAUGCUGAAUGUUACCCACAUGGUCAUAUACGGAGAGGAGGCACUCGUUGGUGACCUUCUUAACGCAAGUGGUCACCGUUUUCGUGAAGAGACAAAUUUGGCCAAACCAACUGUGCUAUCUAAUGCCGAGACUUGGAUGAAAUCAUUUUGACCAAAUCUAUUCAAAUCAGCCAAAUCAUGAUGAUCUCCGUUGGGAAUUAUCCAGUUACGCUGCACUUUUGUUUCUUUGUGAAAGGUGUAAAUGUACAUGUCAGCUCCAUAGAGAUUACAUUGAGCUAUGAAGGGCAAAACUGGUUUUGCCAUUUUCACGAGGAGGCAAAUUUAACUCUUGAACUAUGCAAUGUAACAAUUUUGCCUGCGAUGGCAACGGCUUGCAUAUUGCCGAUACUGUUUCCUUAGUUUUUAGGUUUUCACAAAUAGGCAAAUUUUAGGUAAAUGAAUAAUUAUGAACAACUGUUAAAUUAAAGAUUAGACAGUACAAUUUCUGGUAUUUUUAUGGUGGGUUAUUUAAGACGUGCUUUUGUACAAUGUUUUAGAUAAACACUUUCACUUAAUCGGAACCAUUUCUCUGUUGAAAAAAGUGACCAACUUCAAAUGUGAUUUUCUUGUAAGUUUACUUAUAUGCAGUUUAGAGAAAUCCACCUCUUUGUGCAAACAGUGACAAAGUUAUACUCCAUCACUGAUAGCAAAUUGAAGGGGCGCUUGAGUAAUUGUACGUCACCAGUGCCAUUUACCCGUUGCCUUGUGUAUGUGCAUCAGAAAUAUGGAGCAAGUGGUACAUGGUGGAUGCUCUUUGGCGUACUCAGUGCCUGUUGUGUGGUUACUUAACUGGGGGAAAUUUCAGGGGGAGGGGGCACACUUUUUUGAGGGGGUGGUAGCACUGACAGAAGAAGAGCUUCAACUUGUGUAGGUUGUGGUGGUCACGGGAUUUGCCUGCAGUUUUUGUUUAUUUCAAGAUUUCGAAUUGGGGUCAGGGUCAAGUUCAGCUCAGGGUGGUAUCCGUCUAUAUCUUGGAAAUAAGGGGGGGUUGAUGUAUGUUGAACAGUGGCCCAGGAAUACUUAGUAUACACGUACAUACCUCUGUACAUGUGAAUAUAUACAUGUACGAUCGGUGUAAGGGCAAAACCUGGUAUAGAGUUAACAUCCCCGACGCCGAGUUACAUUAAUGUCAUUGAACAUGCUUGGUCAAAAACAAAGAGAAAGCAAUAGAUAAAGUAGUUGGAGUAAAUUCAAUAACAUGGAUAGCUCUUGUGUAAAAAGUAUGGUCCGGGUUGCUUUGAAAGAAAACCUCAUUUAAUGCGAAACUCAUUUUGAUAGAGAAAAAUCCCAUCUUUUUGAUGUUAAUUGUAAAAUUUUAUAAACUAAUUUGUUUUUUUGUAUCGUGAGUUGUGGACGCAGACAGUAAACUUUGACAAUAAAUCAAAAUUACCAAUGUCAAAAAAAUAAAAAAGAAAGGUUUGAUAUGUGCAACAACGCAA